GAAGCUCCGGCGGAAGCUCCGGCAGAAGCUCCUUCGGAGGCUCCAGCGGAGGCUCCAGCGGAGGCUCCAGCGGAGGCUCCCGCAGAGGCACCUGCAGAGGCUCCUGCGGAGGCUCCAGCAGAAGCUGCUGCAGCCACUGCGGCCGAAGCAAAUGCGGGCGAAACCGAGGCAGAGCAAGAGCCUCCGCCGCCUGCAGCUACAGCUGCACCGUCACUAUUCUCUGCCGAGCCUGGUCAGCUCUACACUUGGGGCAGAGGCAGCGAUGGCCAGCUUGGACAAGACAAGAUGCGCUUUCCUUCGGUGAAUUGCGCCCUGCCAUUUCCGAUCCCAAGGCUCACCCAGGUGGUUCAUGUCUGCUGUGGUGGCGGCCAGCAAGGGUGCACUGGUGCAGUAACAAAGGAGGGGGCGCUCUACACCUUUGGAAACAACUUCAAAG